UGACAAUGGAUGAUAGGCACUGAAUAACAUGGAUGUGUCUCUGGAUACCUGCUCAUAAUAUAUUUAUAUUGGUAGUUCGGCGCGUUGGCUCCUGAUCCUCUCGAUCACGUUAUUUUUGCACCUAUUGGAUUUCUCUCCAUCGCAGACUUCCCAAAGGGGAAAUUCUCUAAGCGUCUUGAACCUCACGUUUCGCUCCGACUGCUCGCCAACCACCCUCGUCUCCCCACGCGCUACAUCUGACACGCCCUGAUCUCCCGUUCGCCUUCUCGCGCUUUUUUCCUCAUCAACCACGACUAGCUGCCAUCGUGUCGAUGGAUUGUAUGCCUUAGGACGGCCAGAGCUGGACCUGUGUGGCCUUUAAGUUGUGGCUUUGUUCAGCCAGCCGUCCGCUGCCGUGAUCAUGGACUUGCGCACCAUCAUCAACAACGACGCCGCUGCUGGUGGUGUUCAGAGAGCUUCCGCUGCCCAACCCCCGCCGCCUUCUCCUCAACAGCCCCAGGGCCACGAUCUGGAUUCGCUUCACCCUACGAAAAAGCACGAUGAUGUUUCGCCAGCAUCCUACCACACAACCCAACAGCCUCAGCAAACCCCCGAGUUCCGCACGAGACCGCCGCAACCUCCCCCCCUCCAACCCCCUCUACACUCUCCCGGUGGAUCUUCGUCGUAUGGAUCCGCUCACUCACCAUAUCAACAUACGUCGGCGUCUACGUUGAGCAGCGGCGGCCCACAGUCCCAGGGCGCGCACCCGGUGCCCCAUGCCCUGCAGACCUACCACCCUGUUUCGCGCGACAACUUCCCCCCCAAUUCCGCCAGUUCUGCCUACAAUCAAUCUGCAGGGCCACUAUCUUCUCCAUAUACCCCUCAAGCUAUGAGCGCGGGGACCCCGCAAUCAUAUUUCUCGCAACAACGCUCACAAUCUGCUCAUUCUAUUCAAACCCCCACCUCCGCUCAUAGCUACUCUUAUCCGCACCGUGAAAGUAUUGGAGCUCCGCAACAGCAGCCCAUUCAGCAACAUCAACAGUCAUUCUCCCCCAAUCAACAACGCUCCCACCCAGGAACACCCCUUGGUCCCCCCCCAACGUCCUUUUCCCGCCCUUCGCCGCAUCAACCACGACCGCCUUCCGCUGGUUUUGAUUCUCAACAACAGCGCUCCCUUUCCGGUUCCUGGGGUAGCCAAGAUGUUCAGUUACGGAAUAAGAGAGAUGUAGGAUCCCCAAUUGCACAGACUACAGUUGCGCGGCAAGACUCAGGGCUUGGUGGCGAGAAUCAGAGGCGUUAUUCAGUGGGAACCGAGGAGAGGAGUACUCCUCAACCGUAUCGAAAGGACGCCAACGACGCUACAUGGGAAAACAACAGCAAUAGUGCCGUUCAUUUCCCUGGGCAUCCACAUGACGCCAGUGAUACAAUACCGUCACAAUACCCUCCUUCCACACCGAGAACACCACAACCAGCGAACACUAGUCGACCACCAACAACGUCUCCACCUACCAGACGACUACGACAAAGUGAACCUCCCGCCUCAAAUAUGAGCGGUCAAAGCCAAUUAGUAGUGAAAGAAGAUGCCCCUAUUAACAGGUCUAUGCUACCAUCUGGCAUUUCCAAGAAGAAGCGAAGGCGUUAUGAUGAACCUCCGAUCUACGCACGCAAAGCUCCCCGAACUAGUGGUAAUCCUCCACCAAUACCCACCGGUCAUUAUGUUCCUCCCUUUAAACGCGCUAUUGCGAAGCAGGAACCUCAGGCCGACAGGGUUGUUUCGAGAACUCGUUCCCUUCCACCGCCUCCGCCGCAUCCAAUUGCUGAGGCCCCAAACGGCGAAACCACGACAAAUGGGAAUCUUCCUGCCCGACCUCCGCCCGUAGACCAAACCGCCACCUCACUAGGUCCCUGGGAACCGUCCAUUACUGGGCUAAUACCCCACGAAGAAGUCACAAAAUUGAUCUGCGACUUCUUGUUCCAACAGGUUGUUAUGAGAAGAGAUAUUGGAGCAGGGCCCGCUGGAGGAUCAGCUAUAGGACAAGGCGCUGUUCUCGAAGUUGAAGCUAAGCUGGGCAUGCUCGUUGACAGAAAUCGUGGAGAACGUGUUCGGAUACCAGCUCUUACAGAGUGUAUUCUUGCCAAAGAUGAUCCAAGUAUACGAGUUGGUUUUGAAAGCUCAAUGUCUUUGGCCCAACACCGAGCCCUAAACGAUUUCCUCAACGACAUUGUGAAAUCCUCAAUAUCUCAACCGGGCGCCCGCAUUCCAUUAACCUACGCUCACAAAAAAGAACGAGAUACGUUCUACGAAAUCUCAUCCUCCGCCCUCCCGCCCAUAAUCCAACACCAUCUCAAUCCUCGGCACAAGCCUAAAGUCCGCGUGACAACGGACCAGCGAACAGGCGCCGUACUAGCUCGCAUCAUCAAAUGCCGCAUCGCGGAUCUAGAUGUGUAUAGCCCGAGAACUUGUCUUGAUUGGCGAAUAAGCGUCAACCUUGAAAUGAACUACGAAGGCGAUAUUGGCGAGCUCAAUUUGCCGAGUGAACCGAGCUCAUUGAGCGGGCCUGGGGCUCCUCGAGGUGGUGCAAGAAGCAAAGAUCGCAUGAGUUAUAGACAUUUGGCUUAUCAAAUUGACUUGACUCAGGUUGCUACUUCAGAGGACGGCUCCAAUAAUCCCCAGUCAGACUUCGAGCACGAGCUUGAAAUCGAGAUCUCCUCCGCCGAAGUCCGGCGCCAGGGUGACCUAGCGCUUGCGGGGGAUCCGAAAAACCAGUACGAGGAACUUAUCAAAGGGUUUGUAGAUAAUAUACGGGUACUGGCGAGAGCGGUUCCGGGACGUUAAAAGAAGAUCUCAUAAAAUUGGGUUAGGGGCUUUUCUCUGUUCUUCAUUCUUUUCCCUCUUCCUAUUCUUCUUUUUUCCUCGAACCUGCCUUACUUAUUUAUUUACAUAUAACUUAUCUAUCCACCUACCUACCUACCUAUAUACAAAGGAAUAAUUUAUUUUACUACUGGCACCUCUCUCCUUUUCCCCUGGGAUUGUAAAUUUUUACUCUUUCCAUCUGCCCCACAUCAUGUUCAAUGCAUCAUAUAUAUUUUUCAAGAUUUUGCUACUUGGGUGUUUUGCUACCCGUCAUGGUCUUUCUUCGGUAUGAUUCGCUACUCUCAAUAUCUAGCUCUCAAAUGGCGAAUGGUUGUUUUUUUGUUUUUUUUUUAUCUUCAUUUCUUUCUCAAUUGCUCGUCCCAUUUCCCCUCUUCUCAUCGAAGUUCUAGGCUUUACUAUUAAUCAUCGUAUUCCCCUCCUUUUUAAUGCUCUCCCCUUCUUCUCUCUUUCCUUCAUAAAAACCAAAAGAAAACAAAGAAGAAAAAAAUGUGGAGAUUUGUAUCCACAUACCAUCCGUUACAUCAAUCACCCACCCUUUCUAAAUACCUACGUUUUACAUUGCAAUUCAUUUUGUAAUUACUACACUCUCCCCCCAUACACUCAAAUGAGUUAAGUGGAAAAACAUACGAUGAGGGAAAAAAAAAAAAAAAAAAAAAAAAAAAAAAAAAAAAAAAAAAAAAAAAAAAAAAAAAAAGGAACAAAAAGAAAUAUCCAAAAAAUUUUCAAGCAAGCCAAAGGAGUUGAUUGGGAGAAAAAAUAAAUGCAUGCUUCGAGAAGCAUACAUGUGUAUAUACAAAUGAUAUCGGAUAAAGUCAUAAGAUCCACGAAGAGAGGUUAGCUGGGCGAAAUGACAACGAAGUAAGGGAAUGGGGGAAUAGUGAAGAUAAAAACGCGAAGACAAAGGAGGGGGCAUCGAAAUGGAGUAGAGUAGAGGUGAAGAGAAGAGGUGAAGGGGGAAGAGGGUAAAAAUAAAAAGAACCAGGAACCCAGAAAAAGAAUGUAAAAUCAUUUGCAUCAUAACGUCAGUCCCUAAACGCCUAUUGAAGCACAGACACAGAUUACCCUCCGUUUUUGCUUCUGCCUCAUUCCUCAUCUACCCCCCACCACCCACGGCGGCGCCAGCGAUAAC